AGGCUCCCACUAAGCUGGUGGCCCUUCCCCACUACCGCUCUCGCUCUCGAAUUCCCUUCAUGAAAAAAAAAGGUAACUCGGUCUUGUUUACCACCUUCCCACGAGAUCCUGCAGAAGGGAGAUUUCGGCUAUUAGCCGCGAUUGGCCGACAGAACAUGAUGCCAUGAAAACUUUGGCUGACGUCCCGAGAUCCAACAAGCGGGUCAAGACGUGCACGGGCUGCUGGACAUGCCGUCGGCGCAAGGUCAAGUGCGACGAGCACAAGCCCGUAUGCCGCCAGUGCGUCUCCAAACGGCUGGAUUGUGAGGGAUAUGGGGUGAGGCUGCGAUGGAUGGACCCCGGCAUUGAUUUGUGUGACGAGGACGUGUACAAGCCGCCAUCGGCUCGGGAGGCUCGUCCCAAAUCACAGAGAAGCCGGAUCGCUUUGGACCCUGGUCCGAUUCCUCUUGGGCUCUCCGAGGUUGAUGACAUUUUGCGGCUCAUCGACGCCUUUACAGCUAACACGUCACCAGGCUCAGGCCGCACUGGAGAUUCACUCUUGCUGACGUGCUUUGGAGUGUUCAAGGGCACCGCUGACCGUCAUGAGGAAUUUCUUGCGGUUCCCGAGCCUGACCGCGGCUUGUGUGAUGAAUCUGACGAUAACCUCUCGACCUUAGACAGUCUCAACGAGCAGGAGCCGUGUUUCACGGGCAAUUCACACAACGACCUGCAUUGGAGCCUCGAUCAAGAUGCAAACAGUCGCGGCGGUUCUGUGGCACUCGAGUCAGAGACCGACCAGGACAAGACGUCACUCGCACAUGCACAACAGUUCUGGUGGGAGUCGACGAAUGGCACGGUUGUGCGCAACCCGUCGCCCGUGUAUAUACCGAAGCUCGAACGCUUUCUAAUGUACCAUUACUCCCAUCGCGUCGUCCAUCUCUUUUGCGUCAUUGACAAUGUCAAGAGUCCCUGGAAGACGAUACACUUGCCGCGUGUUCUGCAAAGUGUUGGGCAACUGACAGUCCAAGGAAACAGCUCCACGACGCGGGACGCGCUGCGAAACGCGCUGCUCUCCAUCAGCGCAUUCUAUCUCUGCAACGAGAGCAGAUCACAGAGACGCGAAGAAGAAGCAGCCAGGUGGUCCAACAAUGCCAUCACGUUUCAGAGCAGGGCCAUCAAGCUGCUCAAGGACGCCGUCGAGGGCAACGCAGCCACCCCCAGUGCCCCAAAGUACAAGGAGCUGCUAGCAACCAUGUUGUCCAUGGUAACCAUCAACGUCAUGUCGGGCGACAACACCACGUGCGGCAUCCAUCUGGACGGCACCUUGCGGUUCUUGAAGUACGCCGCAGGUUGGAAGACCAAAUAUUCGCCCAAGGCCCGGUCUCUGCAGAGGAUAUACUUUUACCUCCGCACAAUCUACGAGAGCACGGCUCUUCAAGGCCCCAAAAGGCCCUCCCCCAGUCCGUCAGACAUCAUGACUCUGGACGACGACGCAUCAGAGGAGCAGAGGCCUCCCCACCCCAUUGCGCCCGGUGUUCCCCUGAGCACCAACACAUACGAAUGCAUCUACGGGGUCCCAAAGAGCCUCCUGGUCCUGCUCGAACAGGCCACCAACCUGAUCAAGCAGGUGACCAGCGCACGACACGAGAAGCUGUCCCCGUCCGUUCCUGCACAUCUGGCGGCGCAGUGUGAUGCUUUGGAGGGCGAAAUCGUGGACUGGGACGCCGAGACGGGCCUUGUCGACAACCUUGUGAGCGGCAACAGGGCCAGCUCCGAGAUCAUCCGCAAGACGACGCUCGCGUUCCACAAUGCGCUCAUCAUAUAUUUCGCACAGCACAUUCGGCUGAUUCGAUUCAGCUACCUGCGGCCCCACGUUCGGAUGGUGCUCGACAGCAUCGGGGCCAUCGAGCAGCUCAAGUCGCAGACGUCGAUUCUAGCGGCACCACUGUACUGGCCUGCCUUUAUCGCCGGCAGCGAGGCUUUCGACCGUGAGCUGCAGGAUGGCUUUAAAGAGUGGUACAGACAAGUGGAGUUUUACGGCAUUGCAUCGGCGAGGACGGGCAGCGAGGUUCUUUCUCGGGUGUGGGAGGCUGGGCCUGUGACGGAUCAUCAUCCUCGAACGACGAGCCAUUGGCGGAUGGUUGUGGAGAGGCUUGGCUCUAUACUUAUGCUCAGCUAGACUAUCUGAGCUGGUGCGACGGACUGGAAGCAGCUACGAUACGCUGCUUGGUGACUGUCAGAACUGAUAAGCUGUGUGGCCAAUAGUAAUACAUUGCAUGCUGUGUGCACCAAGAUGAUAAGCUCAAAGAUAUACAGCAGAUACAGAUACCGAGGGUUGUACUUGUGGGUCCCGGGCGGAGUCACUAGACUACCUAGUCUAGUCUAAUCUAGGUCUAAAAGGGCGCUCCGGAUGCUCGCUCAUGCCAUCCUCUUUCGGGACCCUCUCGGCCCCACGCCCGUCUGGGAACACU